GCUUCGUUAGUGCCGCUCGUUAAACAGCGGGUGUGCACUGGAGCGCUGCCCGCUCCCGACGGCGACCUUGUCCCACUGAGCAGCAGCGGGUGCCGGGCGCUGACCUGCCCUGUGCCCCCACCGCAGGGCCAAGGGGCGCCUGGGGAGGGAUGGGUAACCCCUGCUCAUAAGUAGCCCGUCCCCGUGACCGGCCCUGGCGCUGCCGGCUCGGCCCCGCGGCGCCAUGGCAGAGAUGCUGCCGGUGUGGGUGGCCACGGGCACCACUGAGGGGACCGAGCCCAAUGGGGAUGCAGUCCGGAUGCUCAACACCCUGCAGACCAACGCCAGCGACCUGGAGCAGGUGAAGCGGGAGCGCGGCGACCCCCAGGCCCAGCUGGAAGCCAUGCAAGGCUUUUUGGAGAGGAGCGGGCUGAAGGUCGAGGACCUGGAUCGACUGAACAUCAUACACGUCACGGGGACGAAGGGCAAGGGCUCAGCCUGCGCCUUCACUGAGUGCAUCCUCCGUAACUACGGGCUGAAGACAGGCUUUUACAGCUCCCCUCACCUGGUGCAGGUGCGCGAGCGGAUCCGCAUCAAUGGGCAGCCCAUCAGCAAGGACCUCUUCAACAAGUACUUCUGGCUGGUCUACAACCGCCUGGAGGAGACCAAGGACCCAGUGCACGCCAGCAUGCCAGCGUAUUUCCGCUUCCUCACCGUCAUGGCCUUCCAUGUCUUCCUGCAGGAGAAGGUGGAUCUGGCAGUGGUGGAGGUUGGCAUUGGUGGCGCCUAUGACUGCACUAACAUCAUCAGGGCACCGGUGGUGUGUGGGGUCUCCUCCCUGGGCAUCGACCACACCAGCAUCCUGGGAGACACCAUGGAGAAGAUUGCCUGGCAGAAGGGGGGCAUUUUUAAGCCCGGCGUGCCGGCGUUCACUGUGGCGCAGCCGGAGCGGCCGCUGGCGGUGCUGAGGGAGCGAGCCCAGGAGCGGAAGUGUCCCCUCUACCUGUGCCCAGAGCUGGAUGAGUUCGAGGAGGGCUGCCGGGCGCUGCAGCUGGGGCUGGCGGGUGCCCACCAGCGCUCCAACGCCGCCCUGGCCCUGCAGCUGGCACGGAUGUGGCUGCAGCGCCGCGGCUGCCAGGGUCUUGGGGAGCUGAAGGAAGUGCCACCAAGCACUGAGCUGGUGGGGAGGCCGGUGCCAUUGGCACCUGCCUUUCGCCCCACCGAUGCCAUGAUCCAAGGCCUGCGGGACACAGAGUGGCUGGGCCGGACCCAGGUGCUGUCCCACGGCCCUGUGACGUGGUACCUGGAUGGAGCUCACACCACCAGCAGCAUCCAGGCCUGUGUCCGCUGGUUCCACCAGGCUGCCCUCAACCAGGACAAGCUCCAUGAUGGCUCCGAGGUGCGUGUGCUGCUCUUCAAUGCCACGGGGGACCGGGACACGGCGGCGCUGCUCAAGCUGCUGCUGCCCUGUCACUUUGACUACGCUGUCUUCUGCCCCAACUUCACGGAGGUGUCAGUGGCCAGCAACGCGGACCAGCAAAACUUCAACGUGACACUGGAGAACGCCCUGACCCGCUGCCUGGAAAACCAGCGGACGUGGACCCGGCUGAUGGAGGAGAAGGGGGGGCAAGACCCCUGGCUCCCAACUCCCCUGCGGGUGGGGGGGCUGCUGGAGCCAGCCCCUGCCCGAGGCUCCCUGCUCCUCGUGCCCCCAGCCCCGCGACCCCUCAACUCCACAGCCCUUGUGUUCCCAUGCCUGGCCCAGGCGCUGCAGUGGGUGGCACAGGGCCGGGACCCCCAUCUGGCAGCCCCUGCCGCCUCGGGGGCUCACCCCCACCCUGCUGCCAGCAGCGGGGCCGUGCUACUGCGGGAGGCAGCUGCUGUCCGUGUCCUGGUCACCGGCAGUCUGCACUUGGUGGGGGGGGCCCUGCGGCUGCUUGACCCUGCCCUCUCCCAGUAACUGGAUGGACUGGGCUUUGCACUUGGUUUUACUUGAAGCAGCAGUUGUGCCCCCGAUGAUGCUCGGAGGCAUCUGGGAGGGCACAUGGACCCCCUCGCCCCACCCUGGCUCAGCCAUUUUCACCCCAGUGCCUUUUGCCUGUGCCCUCCCGGGGACACUGCCCAUGUGUGGGAUGCUCCUGGCCCACAUUCCCCUCUUGGUGAGACUGAUUGGGGGUCCCCUGGAUCUGAGGGGGCUGCCCCAGGCUGUGCUGGGGUCCCAGUGCCCAGGGGGUGGUUGGGGCGGCAGUAGGUGGGAGCCUCAAACUGUGGCGAGGCUCAGCAUCAGGGCAAGACUAAUUUAACAUAGGGGAGAUUUUUAUUAUUAUUAAUAACAGUUUGUAACUUGUAUGGGGAGCUGGGGGGGGUGUGGUGGGUUCUGCCCAUCUCCCUGUGGGAGGGCAGCAGCCUUGCACACUCCUGUCUGAAUAAACCUCUUGCUGCUCCCA